AUCAGAUAGACUCCUAAUUGAUCAAAAACAGAACAUGAAGGACCUGUGGUAGUAUGGAAUGUGUCCUGAGUUAGUGCUAAAAUUGAUUUGUAAAAAAAAAAACAAAUAUCAAUAAACCAUAUUUCCCAGAGCUAUCUCUCUUCUUCGUACAGUUUCAUUAGCUUUAGCGGAGCACACGAACUGGUUUAGGGUUAAGAAGGUUUGAGAAAGAGUGGUAUGGUGGAUCCGAAUUGGUGGAGAUUCGACUCAAAGAAAAAGAGUCUAGGACGAAAAAAGAGAAAGAAAAACGGCUUUGAUAAAAGGGGCGAGAUGGUCACAAGUCACUAAAAUGACUAUGCCAUGGGAAAGUUGAUUAAAGUCUAGAAGGAUUAACAGAGAUAUAUACUAACAGAUGAGGCGAUGUAAAACAAGUGCAUAAAGUACAACACACAAAAUUUGUUAAUGGGAUUCGUUUUCUACGUCCCAGGAACCUCGUCCAGAUUUCAUUGACUUAGAAUAAGAAAUAACCUAAAAUUGCUAUAUGCUACAACACACACUUGUGUCUACCACCCUUUUCUAACUAUUCUAUGAAGAAUAGGAAUCAAGCACGCAUGCAUAGAUCACCAUCCAGCGUACCGGAGCUCACUAUCUUCUGCAGCUGCAAUCUUCACUGAACACCACAAUAAAACCACAUGUGCUAAACUUCCUCUGACUUUAGGUUUCAAUCUUCCACAUCUCGGAAGUACUUCACCAAGUACAUCAGCACCAACACACACCAGUGACACCAAAAGAGUACGUCAACUCCAACACACAACAUGCUCACCAAGAGCUCCACACAAUGGCUAACUUCACCAUACAAAGCGUCAACAUCGACGCCACCAAACUAAGUCAACAUCAGACUCCACCCCAAACUACUUCAGACACUGCUUCGACACCAAGCAGUAACAAACACAAGGGAAACCUCUUUCUUUAUUCUCAGAGAUCUUGCUUUCUCAUAAGGCACGUCCCUCCUUAUUUAAAAGAUCAGAAUUUGAUCUCCAUGUCUUCAAAUUGCUCUUCAAGUCGAGAAAUCAUCUCUAGUGUCCUUAUAUCUCAAAACACAUUCUAAAAUAUCCUUCGUUUAAAAUUGUUUUUUGAAUUAUAUUUAAUACGAAAAACUAAGAUAAUUACUUACAUACCCUUAAACCUAAUACUUAUAGACUUAUUUCUUUUUCUAUCUCCCGCUCCCUGCCUCCUCACUUCUUAGAGCAUCAUUAUCGGGGUUGUUUAAGGGGUUUCUUAAAUUAAUUGUGAUUUAAAAAAAAAAAGAAAAUUACCUUUUAGUAGAAGAACCGUCGCUUAAUUAAGAUGAGGAAGAAACUGUCUCUUAUGGGACACUCGUCAUUCUCUCUCUCCUCUCUCCUUUGUUCUUUUGGCAGUGUGAAUCAUCGCCGGUAUCAUCAAUCCUCAAUUUCGUUUUACUAUCUCUAUACUGAGCUUGCGUUCCUUUUGGUAUAGAUUUGAAACGCAAGAGAAGUUGAUCAUCGUCGGAACCAUUCACCACAAGCCCAAACCAGACCAUCGAUUAAUUCUCAAAUUUUGAAUGAUGAGAUCUAACAAAAAGAUCUCUUCCUUCUUCGUUAUAAUUAAGGCCCACAUGCUACGUCUUGGUAACGCUUCUCUAGCUUCAGCUUCCCACUCCAGUCAGAUUCAGCGGUGGAGCUUGUAACUCCCGACGGAUAUCCAGAAGAUGGCCUCGUAUGUUUUCAACAACAACUACUUGAAGAACGGACUCGCUGACGAGGCUUGUAGUUUCAACAACAACGCUGCUCUCACUUCCAUCAAUCCCAGUCAAGGAACUUGUAGAUACCAUUCAAGUAAGAGAGUGAGCAAUGGUCGAGUUGUGGAUGACAACUUCAAUGGGUGCAGGACAAGCAGAUAUGAGCCGUGGCUGACGGGUUUCCAGCAGCUGUAUCUUGUUGGUCUUUUCACAAACUCAGAACCAAAAAGAGGUCAAUUGAGAAUAAACGAGAUGCAAAUCGACGGUAACAAGAAGAGCAAUCACAGUGUUGGCAAAUAAUUUUGGAUUUUCUUUGAUUUAGGGUCAUGCUUGUUCUGGAUUUUUGAGUUAGGGUUCUUAAGAAAAAUACUUGGUAUUUUUUAAUCAGGGUUUUACCUUUUUUUAUCUUUUUUUAGUGAAUUUUGGGUUGUUUUUAUUUUGGGAUCUUUUAUUCUUGAAUUGACACCAAAGAUGACAGAACCAGAAACGAUGAUGAUGAAGAAAUCUGGGUUUUUUUCUUUGAUUUAGUUUUUUUUUGUUAUUUUUAGUUUUGGGUUUUCCUUUACUUAAGCCUAUUUCUUAUUCUAUUUAAGUCAUGGGUUUAUAAUUUUUGCAUUUGACUUUGUGUUCCUUUGAUCUUAUUUGUAGAUCUAAAUUCAGUAAACUAACUUGUUAGAACUACAUCAGUAGAACUAAGGAUAACUUAUUCAGUAGAAUUCAGUAGAACUAUGUAGGUAUUACUAGUAGAACUCAUUACAAUUAUGUAAGUAUUAUUAGUAGAAUUCAGUAUAACUAUCUCAGUAAAAUUAGUAGAACUCAGUACAACUAACUAAAUAAAACUCGGUACAACUACCUCAGUAAAGUUAGUAUAACUCGGUAUAACUACCUCAGUAGAAUUGGUAGAACUUGGUACAACUGUCUCAGUAGAACUGGUAGAACUCAGUAUAACUACCUCAGA